AUUUAGAUUUUAGAUGCCGAAUUACCGAUAACCUCAAUUAAUCGAUUUUAGUCCGUCCACAAAUUUGGUUUGCGUUUUAUCAGUUUUAUGAUUUAAAUCAACGAAUUUUACACAUUUCCAGGAUGAUACACGUGAACACAGACUAUCAGAAUAAGGCCGAGCAAAUUUUGAAGGGUUUUCAGGUCAAUUGGAUCUGCCUGCGAGACGCCGACGGUGGCAAAGUGUUCUGGCAGGGCUCCGACGACCUCAGCCAACCGGACAUCGAGCACGAAGCUCACGUACCGAAAACGAUACUAAAAUGCAGGGCGGUUUCGAGAGAGUUUAAUUUUAGUUCGAAGGAGUGCAUCGAAAAAUUCAGACUUGAACAGAAAGUGCUGUUUAAGGGGCGCGUGCUCGAGGAGUGGUAUUUCGAUUUUGGCUUCGUUAUGCCCGAGUCCACGAAUACGUGGCAGUCGAUAAUGGAGGCGGCACCCGAAUCGCAAAUGAUGCCGGCGUCAAUUUUAAACGGUAAUGUCGUAAUUGAAACUAAGUUUUUCGAUGACGGUUUGCUAAUUUCCACGUCACGAGUAAGACUGUUUUAUGUGUGAGGGGAUGGAGGCAGUGAUGUUCAGGGACCAUUUUGUAUUUUCGUCGGCCUAAGCUCAUAUAAUCACCUCGAGAAUAAUACAAACAAAUCAAAUUUUGUUCUGUGAUCUUUGUUUUUUUGUAAAGUGAUAGCUUUUGUAAAGUGUAGGUAACUAAAUGUAUAUGUAAAUA